AUGGCGCUCGUUUCCUACUCCGACUCUGAGGGUUCGGACUCAGAGAACCAGACUCAGAACAGUCAGCCGGUCGCUGCAAAGAAGGAGCCAUCCACCGUCUCCGCCGAUACGUUCAAGCCCUCCAAACCUGCGCAAGGCUUCUCGUCGCUCGUUGACCGCGGAAACCCCCGCAAGAUCCGUGUCGCUCUCCCGGAAAUCAAGCCAGAGGAUGGAAUUAACGAAGACGAAGAAGGUGGCCCCGCACGGAAGAAGCCUAGGACGAAUGGAGGUGGCGUGUUCUCCGGUUUCAAUUCCCUACUUCCUCCACCUAAGCGCACCGCACAAAAUGCAGCGGCGGCAGCGAAUAAAGAUCAAAAUGGUCCUGAUGCCACUCCAAAGGUGUUCAGUCUGAAGACGGGCGCCACUCCAGGGUUCGAUCGCCAGGCAGAUGCCGAGAUGCGGCACGACCAGGCUCUCAAUGAGAGCACGGGACCUGUUGCUGGUGGAAACGAGGACGACAGUACAAUACCUAAACCUGGGAGUCUUCGGGAAGAUGGAGGUAAUGAUGCGGGACUACUAAAAGACGAAGACUACAAGAAGAAGGGCAAUGCCAUGAUGUUUAAGCCGCUCUCCGUGGCACGCAAUCCGAAAAAGAAAUCGCCAUCGACGAUUGCAGCUUCACGAGCUGCAGAUGGAGUGGCUCAGAAAAAGGAAUCAGCAGCAGCAGCAGCAUCGACAGGACCAACGCCGUCCUCUUCAUCAAACGCCGCGCCUGCAGCUCCUCCAAAACCAAAGGUCAGUCUGUUUUCAUUCUCCAGCGAAGAGACUUCUACGACGACCCCCGACAAUGCCCAAGCUCCAGUGCAGUCUUCGUCCGGGGAGUAUGAAUCUUUACUCUAUAACCCUUCGGAUACCGACACAGCACCCGGUCCUCAACCGGAUCCGUCAUCUCUUGAUUCCUCCUACGAGCAACAACAACAUCAACAAACGGUGGCCGAAUCUUCUUCUGCCUCCGCAGCGCCUCAAUCCCAACCAACUCUCGACACUAUCGCCAACGACCUCAAUCUCUCCAGCUCCCAGAAACGCCAGUUACUCGGACGGAAUCCCAACGCAGCCAAAUCGCGCGUUCUCACCUUCGAAGGGGACGCCGAGUACGCCGCAAACCAGGAAAUGCACACACGGGAGGAGAUUGCUGCGCAGCAACACAACCCCGUUCGUCCCAUCGCUCCAGGAAAGCACACCUUGCGCCAGCUGGUUCAGGCAGCCAGCUCGCAGCGCGAGGCUCUGGAAGAGAGCUUUGCGGCGGGCCGGAGGAACAAGAAAGAGGCAGGCUCGAAAUAUGGAUGGUGA